UCAAUCUGUUAGCAAAGCUAAACUGUUAGCUUAGCUUGCAGCUACAUCCAUUUCCAAUGGCUUCCAUCAACUGCUACUACUCCUUGGUGUUGGUGGUGAUUGCACUGGCCUCGGCUCCGUUGGCCGCCGUGGCCGGCGACCCGGACAUCCUCAGCGACUUCAUCGUGCCGACUUCCAUGAUCGGCAUGCCACCAAUGAACAUCACCGGCGACUUCUUCACCUACACCGGCUUCCGCCGCAACUUUACCAUGCCGAUGCCGAUGCCGGGGGCGCAGAACUUCACGGUGACCAAGGCCACCAUGAUGGAAUUCCCUGCGCUCAAUGGGCAAAGUGUGGCCUACGCCAUGCUCAAGUUCCCCUCCGAAUCUGUGAACCCGCCACACACCCACCCCCGCGCCGCCGAGCUGCUGCUCGUCCUUGACGGCGCGCUCUCCGUCGGCUUCGUCAACACGGCCGGCAAGCUCUACACGCAGGACCUGGCCGCCGGCGACAUGUUCGUGUUCCCCAAGGGCCUGGUGCACUACCAGUCCAACCCAGGCCAAAGCCGCGCCGUUGCGCUCUCCGCAUUUGGCAGCUCCGCACCCGGCACCGUGUCCGUGCCCGUCACCGUGUUCGGCACCGGCGUCGACGACGCCGUGCUGGCCAAGUCGUUCAGGACCGACCUGCCCACCGUGCAGAAGCUCAAGGCGGCGCUCACUCCACCACCCAAGAAGUGAUUCAUGUGAGGAUACAUGCUCUUGUUGCUCUUCUUUUCCGUCAGUGUAUCGACGCCGCCAUGAACUAAUAAGGCUAUGAGCUAGUGAGUGAUGAUGAAAUAAUCUCAGUGCUGCCAAGUAUAAGCAACUACUUCUACUAUGUAGUAAUAAGUACUACUAUGCUUGUUGUGAUGUCUGA